AUGGUUCUCUCAAAACGAAAACGCGCUGCAUCCAUAUCCAGCGAAGACGAUGACUCUUUUGAGAUUGUAUCUGCUGGUUCAGACGACGACAUGGACAUGGAUAUUUCUUCUGCACUGACUGGGAAGGCUUCCAAAAAGAAAGCCAAAAGCGACAACGAACUUCACGAAGAGGACGAUGAAGAUCUGGCUAAUUUCAUCAAAACGUCUAUAACAAAGCGAGAUGUUAAACAAGGUGCCCAAGUAAUCAAACAGGCGAAGGGCAAAGCAGGGGUGGCCAAGGGAGAAGUGGGCGGAGGCAGUUUUCAAAGCAUGGGUCUUCAUCCCUCUCUUUUGCGCUCCUUGACCCUCCAGGGAUAUCGGAUACCGACACCCAUCCAACGACUGUCAAUUCCAGCACUUCUCGAAAACCCUCCUCGAGAUCUUGUCGGCAUGGCUAGAACUGGUUCAGGAAAAUCUCUGGCCUAUAUGGUACCCCUUGUCCAACGGCUAGGUGGAAUUCAUCAGACCACAUUCGGAGCACGAGCUCUCAUUCUGCUACCAACUCGUGAAUUGGCGGUUCAGAUCCUCAAGGUCGGAAAAGAGCUGGCUCGGGGCUGGCACGCGAAGGGGGACCAUGCUGGAGAUAAAGAAGGCGAGUCCUCGAAGGGCCAGUCUCUUCGCUGGGGUCUUGUAGUCGGAGGAGAGGGCUUGGAUGAGCAGUUCGAGAUGAUCACCAACAACCCCGAUGUUAUCAUCGCAACCCCGGGUCGCCUCCUUCAUCUGGUUGUCGAAAUGAAUUUGGACCUCAAGUCAAUUCAAUAUGUUGUCUUCGAUGAAGCCGACCGACUGUUCGAAAUGGGUUUCGAAACCGCGAUGAACGAGCUCCUCCACCGACUCCCUCCUUCCAGACAGACCAUCCUCUUCUCCGCCACACUCCCCAAAUCGUUGGUCGAAUUCGCCAAAGCUGGCCUUCAAGACCCCAAGCUCGUUCGGUUAGAUUCCGAAAGCAAAAUCAGCUCAGACUUGAAGAUGGCGUUCUUCUCUGUUAAACAAGCUGAAAAAGAAGCAUGCUUGCUCACUCUCCUCCGAGACGUCAUUAAAGUGCCUCUCGGGGAGAAUAAACUAGAAGACGAUGACGGUGACAAGGACAAGAAAAAGAAGGGAGGCAAGAAGGCCAAGGUUGCACCCCACGCCCUUGCGCCACACCAAACCCUCAUCUUCGCCGCAACAAAACACCACGUUGAGUACCUAACCAACCUCCUAAUAACAGUCGGCUAUUCGGUUUCGCACAUCUACGGUUCCCUCGACCAAGUUGCUCGAAGCAUCCAGAUGGACAAGUUCAGGAAAGGCCUAACCAACCUCCUCGUUGUCACCGACGUAGCGGCGCGUGGUAUCGAUAUCCCUGUCCUUCAAAACGUUGUCAACUACGACUUCCCUCAUGGAGCCCGCGUCUUCGUGCAUCGAGUUGGUCGUACGGCCCGUGCCGGUCGCCCAGGUUGGGCAUGGUCUUUUAUCACGAACUCUGAACUUCCCUAUCUCCUCGACCUCCAACUCUUCUUGGCACGACCUCUUGUCAACACAGUCCCCGGCGAUGAGGACCACUUUUACACCGAGAAUCUCGUACUCGGGACGUUCGGACGCGAAACCCUCGACGAGGAGGUUGAAUAUACGCGCUCACUAGACGACGUCAACCACUCGUUGCCUUCCCUUCGACAGGUCAUGAUCCGUGGCCACACCUUGUACGAGCGAAGCAAGGGCAAAGCCAGUCCGGCAAGCUAUAAACGAGCCAAGGAGAUGAUGAAGGAUCCCAAAUGGCUUUUGGCUGGUUCGGAUUCGAGCAUACAUCCGGUAUUGUUGCGCGGGUCUGGCGCGGAGGAUCAACGAAAGCUACAGGAGGCUCGUGCCAAUUUACUGCGAGCGGUUAGCUCAUUCAAGCCUUCCGAAACCGUGUUUGAGGUUACGCACAAGGGCAACGCGGAGACUGCUGCUCUUAUGAAAGAAAGGCGGAAAGCCUUGAGCAAGUCGAUCGAGCGUUCGGAGGCGAUGAAGAUGUCUGCAAAGGAUGGCAUCGACUUUGAUGGGGAGGACGAAGAGGUAGAGCAGCGCGAUACGAAGGACGUGGAGAUGGCAGACGAAGAGGAUAUCGCGGCCGUCUUCAACACCGAUUCCAAGAAGAAGGGCAGUUACCGCGACGAAGAGUUCUAUCUCUCAUAUACUCCCAAAGAUGCAGAUACCGAACGAGGAUACUCUUUGAACGAUGGCGCGUCUUCAUUCGCGAGGCAAGCACAGAACGUCGCUUUUGACCUCGAAGGCGACGAUGGAGACGGUCUCCGCAAACGAAACAACACCCUCACCUGGGACAAGAAGAAGAAAAAGUUCAUAAAGGGCGACGGUGUAGGAGCUGACAAUGUGAAGAUGAUUCGGACGGAAAGCGGUGCCAAACUUCCGGCGACGUAUCGGAGUGGUCGAUUCGACGAAUGGAAAGCUAAACACCGCGUCAGCCUCCCUAGGGUCGGUGAAGUUGAGAACAGCAGUGGUUCCCGUGGGCGGGUAUUUGGGGGAAAGAAGUACAAGCACAACCAGAUCACAGCGCCGAAGCCUCUGGACAAGUUGGACAAGAACUACGAGCGCAAGUUGAAGAAGAGGAAGGAGAAGGAGGCUGCUGGGAUGGAAGAGGAGGGGCCCUCACAACCAACACUACCUGGAAAGAAGGGCAAGAAGGGGUCUGCCCCAAGUCGCCGAUAUGGCGGCAAGUCCUUUGGGAAGGUCAAGUCCGAGCUCAAGACUGUGGACCAAAUCAGGAAGGACCGCAAAAUCAAGGAGCAGCGCAAGGCCAAAAACGCCAGGCCCUCGAAGAAGAGCAGGCGGUAA